AUGUCAACAGAAACAUCUGCCACCGCGCUCGUCUUGCACGGCGCUAAGGAUCUCCGUCUGGAGAAACGCACCGUCCCCGCUCCAACCGGCGCGGACAUCCAAGUCGCCGUCACAGCUACCGGACUCUGUGGCUCUGACCUGCACUACUACUCCCACGGCCGCAAUGGCGACUUCGUCGUGCGCGAGCCCAUGUGUCUCGGCCACGAAUCCGCCGGCACAGUCACAGCCAUCGGCCCCGAAGUAACAACCUUCAAAGUCGGCGACCGCGUUGCCCUCGAAGUCGGUCUUCCCUGCCGCACCUGCGCCCUCUGCAAACAGGGCCGCUACAACAUCUGCUUGAAGAUGCGCUUCCGCAGCAGCGCAAAGACCCACCCCCAUCUGGACGGUACCCUGAUGGAGCGUACCAACCACCCAGCCGCUAUGUGCCACGCCCUGCCCGCCAACGUCUCCGACGCAGGCGGUGCCCUCGUCGAGCCUCUGGCCGUCUGUCUGCAUGCGAUCCGCCGCUCGCACCCACCAACCAAGGAUGAAGUCGCCCUGGCACGCUCCGCGGGCGAAGGCACCGCAGCACUAGUCUUUGGCGCCGGCGCCAUCGGCCUGCUCAUUGCAUCCGCGCUCGCGGUCUCGGAGAACUUCGAUACCAUCGUCGUAGCCGACAUCGACGCCUCGCGCCUCGAAAUCGCAUCCUCCCUCGGCCUCGGCCUAAAGACUUCCCUCAUCCCCCGCGGCGAUCCCGCAAACCCUCCCCCUCCCAAGGACGCCCCGCACGCAGACCAGACAGCCUGGGCGCUCAAGAAUGCGCAGAGCGUCGCUGCGUCGCUUACCCAGGCUGCACAGGCGGAUGGCGUCCCGCCCGUCUCGGGUUUCAGCCGUGUUUAUGACUGCACCGGUGUCCCUGCCUGCGUGCAGGCUGGUAUCUAUGCCUCUGCACCGGGUGGUGUCCUCGUGCAAAUCGGUAUGGGUAAUCCCAUUCAGACUCUCCCCGUUGGUGCUGCGGCUCUGCGUGAGGUCGAUAUCAUCGGUGUCUUCCGGUAUGAUGGGUACGCUUACCCGGCUGCCAUUGCCCUGUUGGGUAGUGGUAAGUUGAAGAGCACCGAAGAGAAGGUUGUGACGCACCGAUUGUCCCUUGAGGAGGGUGAGCGUGCGUUUACCCUUGCUGGUAAGGGUGUUGAUGAGGAGGGCAAGCCAGUAGUCAAGGUUAUUAUUGAGAAUAAGCCGCAUGCUUUGGGUCGGCUGUAA